AUGAAACUCGUGUUAGUGGUUUUGCUGGGCUGCUGUUUCAUUGGGCAAUUGACGAAUACCCAGUUGGUUUACAAGCUUAAAAAAAUCGAGUGUCUGGUUAAUCGGACGCGAGUGAGCAACGUGUCUUGCCACGUAAAGGCGAUCAAUUGGAAUCUGGCAGUGGUAAAUAUGGAUUGCUUCAUGAUUGUGCCUCUGCAUAACCCAAUUAUCCGAAUGCAAGUUUUUACAAAAGACUACAGUAACCAGUACAAGCCAUUCUUAGUUGACGUUAAAAUCCGAAUAUGUGAGGUGAUCGAGCGGAGGAACUUCAUACCGUAUGGCGUGAUAAUGUGGAAGUUAUUUAAGCGUUACACGAAUGUCAACCACUCCUGCCCUUUUUCGGGCCAUCUUAUAGCUCGUGACGGUUUUCUGGAUACUAGUCUUCUGCCGCCGUUUCCUCAAGGAUUUUACCAAGUCAGCUUAGUAGUAACGGACACCAAUUCGACGAGCACUGAUUAUGUAGGCACAAUGAAGUUCUUCCUCCAAGCCAUGGAACACAUAAAAAGCAAGAAGACCCACAACUUGGUCCACAACUAG